CUCCCUCUACCCAUGAUGAUGAAACAAGUGUGGCACUCGCUGAUCUUGAGAAAAAACUCUGUCAGCAUUUCAAGAGGGUAGAAAUAAAAGGAAAAAGAGGAAGAAAAGUUCCUGUUCUUCUCACCCCAGGAAUGCAAGAAUCAUUGGACUUGCUUGUUGCUAAACGUCAGGAAUGUGAAGUUCCCAAAGACAAUAUUUACUUAUUUGGAAGGCCAUCUGCAUGGAGCUGUUAUCGUGGCUCUGACUGCCUUCGACACUUUGCCAAAGUCUGUGGAGCUAAAAGUCCUGAAAACAUCACCUCAACAAAGCUGCGCAAGCAAACAGGAACUCUUUCUCAAAUUCUGAACCUCAGUAAUGCAGAGUUGGACCAAUUAGCUGAUUUUCUGGGCCAUGACAUAAGAGUCCACCGACAGUUCUACAGGCUCCCAGACAAUACCAUUCAACUUGCUAAGAUAAGUAAAGUGCUCAUGGCACUUGAGCAAGGACGACUUUCAGAAUUUAAAGGCAAAAACCUGGAUGAUAUCAUCAUUGGUCCAGAAGAGAAUGUGCCAAUGGACAGUGAUGCAAAUGAAGGGUCAGACGAAGGAG